UGAAAGACGAAGACAGCAGCUCCCCGAAAUAGGGCUAUGCAGCUUUGCAGUCAGUUGAGUUCGGUUCGCGUGAAAGAGCAGAUCAUGAGUGCUCGAAUUGCUGGCAAACAUUUCUUAUACAAAUGGUUCCUGUGUUUGAUCCUAGUUAUCAUAGCGCUGAAAUUUUUAUCAAGUCGCAAUGCCGAGGACAAUCAAAUAUCACGUAUUAGCAUUAAUAUAACAAAUGAACGAAAUAUGAACGUAAUUACAACGCCAUUAAUUCCAUACUCUGUGCCUCACGUGGAGUUGCCAAAAUAUUUCCUGCAUACUUCCCAGUGCAUGAUACCCUAUGUAGAUCCUUUUUCAGCGGAGGUUAUGAAAAUCUAUAAGCCGCCCAAAUUUAUACCGUGCUCGAAUGAAAGUGAUCUAGUUUCCGCGAAGUUCGAUACAAAACUCAAGAGAUAUGUGCUAAAUAUUAAUGAAAAUGUCGCUCGCCAGCUGCUCAAUUCAAGUGACAUGGAGUUCAAUUGUUUCUAUCGGGUGAUAAAGCUGGGCGCAAAUGUGGAAACCUAUGACAUUCUCAGUCCGAGCAUAUAUUUCUCUCAGGGCUAUGUUGUGCCACUGCAUGUGGGGGGCAUGAUUCUGGACUGUGAGACCGCCGAGAAGACGCCCGUCAAAUUGCAAAAGGAUGCCUUCAUAUUCGUUCAAUAUGACAAGCCCAAGCUGCAGACGAGUAGGUCAGAGCAAAAACAGAGUCCGCGUAAGCCGAGUGUUAUCAUGUACGGCAUCGAUACGAUCUCUCGCAUUAAUCUGCGUCGCACUAUGCCCCUGGUACAUCAGUUUCUAAAGGGGCCCGGCUGGUACGAAAUGAAGGGCUACAACAAGGUGGCUGACAAUUCUUUUCCCAAUCUUUUGGCCAUCUUGAGUGGCUAUUCGCCGGAGAAGGCCAAGGAGCAUGUUUGCGAUACGAGCGUGAAGGGCUGCCUGGACGAGUUGCCCAUGAUCUGGAAUUAUUUCCACAAUGCCAGCUAUUUGACCGCCUUUGCGGAGGAUGAGAGUGGAGCAAAUACGUUCACUUAUAUGAAGCCGGGCUUCACCAAAAAACCAACCGACUAUUAUUUUCGUCCAUUUCUGCGCGCUCUUGAAGAAGAAUUGCCCUCCUAUAAGUGUCCCGGUUGUUAUAUGAAGUAUUGCUAUGGUCGUCGCUUGGCCAAUCAUUAUAUUUACGACUACGGAAGACAGUUCAUGCAACGUUUUGUGGCAGAGCGACCCAUUUGGGGCAUGUUCUGGUCGAAUCACUUCAGUCAUGACGAUUGGUCUAUGCCCGCGGCCAUGGAGCCCAAGGUCCUAGGCGAUUUGCUGGCCUAUCGCAGCGAUGGAUCGCUGGAGCACACGAUUAUGAUAUUCUUUGCAGAUCACGGUGCACGCUUUGGCAGUUUACUCACCCUGUCCGAGGGCUAUUUGGAGGAACGUCUGCCCAUGAUGUUUAUCUAUUUGCCGCCAUGGUUUCGUGCAAAGUAUCCGAAGUACGCCGAGGCGCUAGCGCUCAAUCAACACCGUCUGAGCUCCAAUUUCGAUUUACACAAUACCUUGAAGCACAUUAUCGAGCUGGGCGGUACACCUGACGGGCCGGCUUUGCCCAGAUCCUACGAUUGCCCCACCUGCCAGUCAUUGUUCUAUCCGAUUGCCGAGAAUCGAACGUGUGCCCAGGCCGGCAUCUCGGAGCAUUGGUGCACUUGCCGACCGUAUCGAAGCCUCGGCCAGUUCGGUUGGCAAAAUCGCAUUGCGCCGCGCAUUAUCGAUCGAAUGAAUGAAUAUUUUGUAGCAAAGAAUCUAAGUCAUUUAUGUAGUAAUUUAACAUUGAAGUAUGUACAUUAUACGGAAAUUCGAACAGGUGAGCAAGUCAGCUGGAAGGAUGCUCUACCCCAAAUAGAGCAGGCGGUCUAUCGCACCAAGUUCAAGGUUAAUCAAAACAGCGCCGACUUUCAGGCCACAGUUGUCUUUAACAAUAUCACUGAGGCGGUUGAUGUGAACGUGGAGAGCAUAAGUCGUACGAAUUCCUAUAAAGAGGAUUCCACGUGUAUUAAUGAUAAAAUUGCCAAAUUGUAUUGCAUAUGCUUUAGUGAUUUGAAGACGUAGCCAA